CGCGAGAAUACUUUGCUGUCAAACUGUCAUUGCCAUUGGAAACGUGUGGCAUCGUGCCCUUAUCUUAUCAGCUGACAUUACUGGUUAAUUCAUUUUCGCAUGGGUAUAAGCGUGGGCGUAUGUUUGAAAAGCGUUUAGCGUGUGCGAAUACAAUGAAUCGCAGGACUUUCAGGCCUUGGCGUAAAUCGAAUUUAGUAUUUAGAGUUGACAGUGUUUUCAAAAAAUGCAGAAGAAAAGAUGACAGGGCUACAAUUGAGGAACAAGAGGCUGAUAUAGACCAGUUAGAACAAAAGUUAGAAAAAGUUCUAAAAAUGUGUGGUCUGAUGGUUGACGUGGGGAAGAACUAUGUUGCACAACAGAGCCAAUUCGCCAACAGCCUGUGGGACCUGAGCGUGUACUUCAGAGACGACUCGGACGUCGUAGUCUGCCUGAACAAGCUGAUACACGCCUUGCAGGAGAUGAACAAGUUCCACUCCAUCCUGCUGGACCAGGCUUCCCGAACUGUACUCAAGAAUCUCACGGCCUUCAUUAAAGGGGACAUCAAGGGGGUGAAGGAAUCCCGCCACUACUUCGAGAAGAUCUCCGGCGACCUGGACGCCGCGCUGUCGCGCAACUCGCAGGUGCCCAGGAGCCGGCCCCAGGAGGCGGAGGAGACCCAGAACCUGCUGUGCGCGACGCGAUCCUGCUUCCGGCACACGGCCCUCGACUACGUGCACGCCCUCAGCAUCCUGCGCGCCAGGAAGAAGCACGAGGUUCUCGGCACGCUUCUGUCAUACAUGCAUGCCUACAGCACGUUCUUCCACCAGGGAACAGACCUGUGUCAGGACCUGGAGCCAUUCUUCAAACAACUCAGUGAUGAGGUGAACGACAUGCGAAGGCAGUGCGUCAAGAUGGAGAAGGAAAUGGAGAACAGGCAUCUGUACGUGACUGCCAGCGACAUGGUGACGCCGCCCGUGCGGGAAGGGGCUCCUGGCAUGGAGGGCUACCUGUUCAAGAGGACGUCCAACGCCUUCAAGACGUGGAACAGGCGAUGGUUCACGCUGCAGAACAACCAGCUGGUGUACCGCAAGAGGACGGGAGAGGACUCUGUCACAGUGAUGGAAGAAGAUUUGAGGCUGUGCACCGUGAAGCCAGUGGUUGAGGGAGAGAGGAGGUUCUGUUUCGAGGUGCUUUCUCCAACAAAGAGCCACAUGCUGCAGGCGGACUCGGAGGAGAUGUACGGCCUGUGGUUCUCGGCCAUGCAGCACGGCAUCGGCGCGGCCAUCCAGCUCAGCAUCGGCGGGGACGGCAUGAUGGGGGGCUCCGCCGCCAACCACGCGGGCAACCCCGCGGGGAGGGACUCCAGCAGCUCGCACUCGCCCAGCAGCUCCAUCAGCGAUCCUCCGGACCGGCCGUCGCCGGACAAGCCGCGCAAGUCCAGAGUAUGGGAACAGCUGCUAAAGAUUCCUGGAAAUGAUGUUUGUUGUGAUUGUGAAAAUCCAAAUCCUCGUUGGGCCAGCAUAAAUUUGGGCAUCACUUUGUGCAUUGAAUGCUCUGGAGUCCACAGAAGUCUCGGUGUCCACUAUAGCAAGGUCCGAUCUCUCACUCUGGACGCUUGGGAGCCGGAGAUAUUGAAGGUCAUGGCAGAGCUGGGAAACAGGAUUGUGAAUAAGGUUUAUGCAGCGAAUGUCUCCUCAGAAUUUGAUAGAGCAACCCCAAGCUGCAGUGGAAACAUUCGCGAGGCGUGGAUAAAAGCCAAGUACGUGGAGCGCAAGUUCGUGAAGCCGCUGGCCGUCGUACAGAGCGACCAGUCCCCGCCGUCGCCCCAGGACGCGAGGGCGCUGCGGCCCACGCGGCUGUCCUUCAGCAAGUGGAGCGUGCGGAAGCUGCGGCGUCGGCCCCGCAGCCGGGACAGCCGGUCGUCGAGGCACAAGGGCUCGCCCCCCGCGCCGGCGGGCGAGGAAGGUGCACCCGCGUCGUCCACCUUCUACCUGUCGGACGGGGUCGCCGCCCCGAGCCCCGAGGCCCCGGAGUCCGCCCCCGCGGAAGACGGCCUCGCCGACCCGGAGGUGCUGGUGUUUGGCACUAGCCUCGCCACGGAGCCCCUGGAGGGCCCCAUCGAGAUAAGCAGCGACCAGGACUCCACGGGAGGGGAGGAUGAGGAGUUCACCGGCGAGGAGGACAUAGCCAAGCUGCACCCAGACCUCCUGCUGUACAAGGCAGCGCUGGCACACAACCUGCCCGUCAUGUGUGAGGCCCUGGCGCUCGGAGCGGACAAGCUGUGGGUGAACGUAGAGGACCGCGCGCGCUCUCCCAUCCACCAGGCCAUCAUCAGCGGCUCUGUAAUGUCUUGCGAAUACCUCCUCCUCAAUGGUGCCAAAAUAAAUGCCCAAGACUGUGAAGGGAAAACGCCAUUGCACUUGGCAACAGAAAUGGGCCACACUGCACAGGUGUGUCUUCUCCUCAAGCACAGAGCUGAUCAGCACGUGAAGGACAACAGCGGCACAGAGCCGUUGAGCAUCGCAGUUCGGGAAGCAAACGCGGAUAUUGUUACCUUGCUGCGGCUGUCCAUCCUGAACGAGGAGAUCAAGGCCUCGGAGAUGGGCUCUCUGGGAGACGACACCUUCAACGACGUGGUGCGGGACUUCUCGCAGCUGGCCUACUCCCACCCGGAGCGCCUGGUGCGGGGCAAGAGCGAGCGCCAGGGGCCGGAGUGAGGGUGGGGGGUGGCGGCCACGAGACCCUCGUCGUCGUCACACCGAGCGCUGCCCUCCUUCGUGCGCUCGUCCGCGCGCAGGCUCUUCCCCAGGGGCGGCAAGAAAACAAAGAAGCUGCAGUAGCAAAUUAGAAACUCUCUUUCUUCCUCCUGAAAUUGCCAAGUUUCAACGAGAACAAGUAUUCAAGACUUCUUCGAAUAAAUGGGGACAUAAUUAUUGAUGUCUUGACCUCGAGAUUUAUGUAUGCAUUGUAGUUUCGUCGAAUGUUGGGCCUAAUGAACUGUUUGUGCAACAUGUUUCCAUGCUAUGGAUUGGAAAUGUGCCUUAAGUGUUUUCAAGCUUCACAUUUCAUCAGUGCUAUAAAUUUUUUGUUUUGAGAUGAAUUAUUCACAUGUAUUAAAGAUUAAUAAACUUUGUAAUUCAUGGUGCUUAAUGAAAUGCAUAUCUGCAAGUA